CGGGGCGCGCGGGCGGCCGGGCUCCGGCGGCGGCAGCAGCGCAGGUACCCAGGAGGGUCAGGCAGCACCCAGCCUCUCAUCCCACCCCUCACAGAAUGGCCUCCACAGGAGUGUAGAGGGCUGGUGUGGGCAUUCAGGAGUCCAUCUUGCAAUCUCUAUAGCCUCAGGCUGGCUACUUCUGACGCCCCCGACGCCAUGGAGGAAUGGGAUGUGCCCCAGAUGAAGAAGGAGGUGGAGAGCCUCAAAUACCAGCUGGCCUUCAAGAGGGAGAUGUCCUCCAAAACCAUCCCCGAGCUCCUCAAGUGGAUCGAGGAUGGGAUUCCCAAGGACCCCUUCCUGAACCCUGACUUGAUGAAGAACAACCCCUGGGUAGAGAAGGCCAAGUGUACCAUCCUAUGAGCCUGACCCACACAGUGUGUUUAAGGUGUGAUUUUAUAAAGACUUCUCAAGGCA